AUGAUGAUGGUCCUGCCCCCUCCCGCCCUCUCCACAGGGAAAAGGGGAAUAAACGCUUUGAGCCCUCCUGAGAUAGCGCAGCUGGGGCUGGGGGCGAAGGGGCUGCCCAGGCAGGGGGCGGCCCCCCACCCCCGCCCCGCCCCGGGGCUGUCGCCCCCGGCCCUGCCGGAUAAAGCAGCGGAGGAGCAACCCCGGGCUCCCUGCCCUGUUCCCGGUUUCACCCCUCGCUCCCGGUACAUCCCGAGGAUGCUGCGCCGCCGCGGAGCCUUCGCGGUGCAGCCGCUCCGCGCUGACCUCGAUGGUCCCUGGGAGUCGGCCGAGAGCUGCAUCGUGCGCACCUCCGCCAGCGUCUACCGGCGGCUGCAGGAGAGCCCGCGGCAGCCCCCGCGGGGCAUGAGCACCCGGGGACCCCCAGCGCAGCCCCCCAGCAGCCCCCCGGCCGCCGGCAGGCCCCUCAAGUCCGAGUCCGAGGAUUCCGGCGUGGAGAUGACCAGCAGCGAGCACUCGCCCUGCGCCCCGCUGUGCUCCCAGAGCCGCUUCUCCCUGGACGGCUUCCCGGCGGAGGAGCCCCCCGGAGAGGAGCCCCCCCGGAGCCCCCGCAGCCGCUCGGCCAGCCGGCGGCUGCUGCAGGCAGCGCAGCGGAGCAGGAGGCAGCGCUGCCCGCGCCAGCUCAGCCGGCGCAGCGCCAGCGCCGCCGAUCUGGCAGAGCCCCCGCGGGACCCCCGGGAGGCCGAGGGGGCUACGGGGGGGCCCCCUCGGGACCCCCGGGCCGUGCCCGAGGCCGCGGUGUCGGGGCAGGGGCUGCGCUACCUGGAGCACGUGUGCCAGAUGCUGGAGCGGCUGGCGCGGCUGCAGCAGGACAGCCGAGCCCUGCGGCAGCAGGCGGCCGGAGCCCGCCCGGCCACCCUGCCCAGCCGGCAGCCUCCGAGGCAGGAUUUGGGCAGCUGGAGGGGCGAGGGGUUCCGGCCGCGCUCCUGCUCGGACAGCCAGGCUCCAGCAGCGGACCCCGGGCCGUGCCGGCGGUUGUGGGGACACUCGGUGAGCUCCCCCAGCCUGCUGGAGCCCACCGAGGGCGGGCCGGGCGUCCCGGCACCGGACAAGGUACGGCCGGGGAGGGUCGGGGAGCGGCGGGGGAGCCCCGGGUGCCCCCGCUGACCGCGGCUCUCCCGCAGGACGGGCGCUCGCACUGGGGCCGGGUGAAGGUGCUGCUCACCCGCCUGACCCGCCGCUCCCUGCGCGGCGGCCGCUGCAGGUAGGACCGGGGGUCCCACCGCCACACCUGGAUGGAGGAACUGCGUCACACCUCACCCCAUGACGUCACGCCGGCCCGGGGCCGGUCCCCGGCCUGGCGCACCCCCUUCACCUUUUUUUCUUUCCCCCAAUAAAGUAUUUUCACCCACAAAGAGGCGGCUCUUAGCGAGGUGCUUUCUGGCGCGCCGUGACGUCACGCCCCUAACCCCGGCGUGACGUCACGCGAGGGCGCGUCACUGCCGCAUCACUUCCGACGGCUCUCCCGCCCCUUUUGUCCCACCGGGCCCGGACCCACGGACGGCCCAAGCGGCUGCCGAGCCCCCGAACUCGUCCUGCCCCCGGAGCCCCCCGGGGGUUGGUGGGGAGGGGGCGCCGGGGGUCCCCGCCGGGGCGGGAUGAUGCUGCCGGGAGCAGCGCGGCUCUCUCGGGGGGCUCCCCGGUUCGGGGGGUGGGUGAGCAGGGGGUUCGAUGCUGUUUCGGCGCUGCCGGAGCCCCUCGUGGUGUCGCCGGAGCCGCAGGUGAGGAAGAUGCUGCCCCGAGCCGCGGCCAGGCGCUCUCCCAUCAGCGCCCGCCGGCCCCGCUCCGGGAGCAGCCCCGGAGCCGCAGCGUCCGCCGCUCCUUCCCGGGAACCGGCCCAGAUGAGGAGGAGGAAGGAGGUCUGAGCCUCUCUGAGCCACCCCUGGAUCACCUGGAACACGGGGCAGCUCCCGAGCACCUGACAAGGAAAAUCAAGGUUUGCCAAAGCCAGGUCCUGGUGGGAAGAGGUGGUGAUGGUUUCCCUGUUCCCUGCAGCCGUGUGCCCUCACCUGGAGCAGCAGGAGCCUCGUGCCACCCCAAGGCAGAGGAGGGACCUUUGUC